AUGCUGGGUCACCCACCAGCGUGUGUAAUUGAUGUUGGAACCGGGUACACAAAACUGGGCUUUGCUGGUAACAGGGAUCCCCAGCUGACAAUCCCUUCAGCCAUUUCAAUUAAAGAAACUGCCAAAGUUGGAGAUAACUCGGCCAGAAGAGUGACCAAGGGUGUUGAAGAUUUAGAUUUUUAUAUUGGAUAUGAAGCUUUUAAUUCACCUGGUUAUUCAAUUAAGUAUCCAGUAAGACAUGGAUUAGUUGAAGACUGGGACCUAAUGGAGCGUUUCCUCCAGCAAUGUAUCUUCAAAUACCUCCGAGCAGAACCAGAAGACCAUUAUUUCCUCUUAACAGAGCCUCCAUUAAAUACACCGGAGAAUCGGGAGUACAUGGCCGAAAUAAUGUUUGAGUCUUUCAACGUUCCUGGUCUGUAUAUCGCGGUGCAAGCAGUGCUGGCAUUAGCAGCUUCUUGGACAGCAAAAUCCGUGGAAGAUCGUUCGCUGACGGGAAUAGUAGUCGACAGUGGAGACGGGGUGACCCACGUGAUUCCCGUGGCCUCUGGGUUCGUAAUCGGGAGCUGUAUCAAACACAUUCCCAUCGCCGGACGUGACAUCACGUACUUCAUCCAGAGUCUGCUGAGAGAGCGAGAAGUUGGUAUCCCGCCAGAACAGUCUCUGGAGACUGCCAAGGCUAUCAAGGAGAAGUACUGCUAUAUAUGUCCAGACAUCGCCAAGGAGUUUGCUAAGUAUGACAGCGACCCAACUAAAUUCAAGCAGCACACUGGAGUCAAUAGUAUCACGCAGCAGUCCUUCAAUGUUGAUGUUGGGUAUGAAAGAUUCUUGGGCCCAGAGAUAUUCUUUCAUCCAGAGUUUGCUAAUCCUGACUUUACCACGCCGCUAGGAGAAAUAGUCGAUGAUGUCAUCCAGAAUUGUCCAAUUGAUGUCCGUAGACCGUUGUACAAAAAUAUUGUCUUGUCUGGUGGAUCCACGAUGUUCAAAGAUUUUGGAAGAAGGUUACAGAGAGACGUCAAAAAAAUGGUUGACGCUCGGUUGAAGCUCAGUGAAAAAUUGAGUGGUGGUCAUAUUACGCCAACGGCAAUUGAUGUUCGCGUUAUUACGCAUCAUAAACAACGUUGUGCGGUUUGGUUUGGCGGAGCUUUAUUAGCAAGCGGGCCCGAAUUCUACCAGGUUUGUCAUACGAAAAAAGAUUACCAAGAAUAUGGACCAGGAAUUUGUCGCUACAAUCCAGUGUUCCGCAGUGUUGUUUAA